ACAUCGACUGACGAGCAUCUCUCUCUACUGCUCCCCGCGAAUCUUGCCUCAUUAAACUAAAUAAAACAAAGUCGCAAAUAUUUUUUUUGUUUUUGCCAAUUGACAAAAAAAUCUUAAAAGUGUACAAAAGUACAAAGAAAAUAAAUAAAAAGAAAAAAUUGACAAAAAAAUCGAAUGAAAUUAAAAUAAAGCAAAUAAAAAUAUAUUUUUUAAAAAAAUAUAUUAAAAAAUUGUGAUCAAAGUUCAUAAAAAACUUAAUUAAGCCAAACGUGAUAUUUACAAUUAAAAAGUAUUAAAUAAUUUUCUGAAUUUUUAAAGAAACUUGAGAAUUUAAUGGUGAAGUGUGAAAAAAUAAUUACUCAAAGUCCGAUAAUUUCAAUCGAAAAAAUCGAAACCGCAGAAGGAGAUUUCCUUCUGGACAGAAAUUACAUUUCCAACGUGAUUUUCGAAGUGUGUGAAGAUUGUUACAAAAUGCCGUCAUUACCACAAGGAGCCUUUGCCGUACGAAAAGUCAAAGAAAUGCAACAGCACGUUGCGGUAUGCAAAAAUGAGUCUCAUGACGAAAAACCUGGGCGCUUUGACUUAAAGCAACAUUUCUCGAAAUUAUCUCCUGUAAAGUACAACGAGAAAAUGAUGAACAGCAUCUGGGGACGUUACAAUCGCAAUUCUCCGCAUAAUUUCAAGAAGAAUAACGCCGCUGAUGGGACCGAGGGUGGUUUGCAACAGCCAAAUGCUGUUGCACACGAAUUCCCUGUUACUACGAAAAACAUCGCAAAUGGUCAGCAAGGUUAUUUUUUGUCAACUGCUGACUUGAUGCACCAUCAAGGUCAUUUGUUGUCUCAAGAAGUUGUUGGAAAUCAUCAUCGCUACGAAGAAAUUUGGAAUUUUUCCGAUAUUUGAAAUAAUUUUUAAUCGAAAAAAUCAUAUUUUAAUCCAAUAUGUAGUCAAUUUUUAAUUUUUUUGUGGUGAAAUGGGAGAAAUUUCAAUUCAGUGAGACAAUAUAUAGCCUUCAAGUGA